CUUCUGUCAGCUCAGCUCUUCACAUUUAAUCAUCAUGAUCAUCCAUAGGCAGCGUCUCUUUGAUUUUGAGAUGUGCAUUGUCAUACUUUCCAUGAGAUUGAUCCUUAACUCUGCACUGGCUCUGAAAGGUAGUUGUGUGGUUGUGGGUCCAGAGAUCCCGGAUUAUCAAGUACAAGGCGAGGCGGUUUUCAUCAGAUUCCCAUUUCUUGAAGAUGCGAUUGAUUACAGGGAAUUGCGACUGGACAACAGCUCAACAUUCCAGGUUGAUCACACAAACCCAAGGAACCAGAGCAGUCUGAAGAGCUACCGUGAUCGGGUGAAGCAGAGCGGCCGUGGAGUCCUGCUCCUUCCGUCUCACCCGUCGGACUCGGGAACAUACAGCUACAUCCUCAGGAGUGACACAUUUUGUCUCACCGGGAGUAUUUCCAUAACGAUUUAUGAGGUAGAGGAGCCAAACAUGGUAAUGACCUACAACGCACAUGCAGGAGAAGAUACAAAAUUAAUUUGUCCCCACUUGAAAUAUUUUAAAUGGAAAGAAAAUCCUAUGUGGUACAAGACUGAUUUUCAGAACGCAGCUCUUCCUGUUGGCAGAGGACAGUAUACGAUGGAGAGAGGCAUAAUCCUGUCCAUCAUGAACAUCUCUGUGAAAGAUGAGGGCUUCUACACCUGUAGGCUAAAUGUGAUUUUCAACAACACCAUAUACAAUGUGAGCAGGACCUGGAGAGUUCAUGUGUCCGCUCCAGAAUCUGAAAGUUUUGUACCAGAAACGGUCACCUCUAACAAUCUCAAUGCUUUCACAUCAUCAAGAUAUUCAUUCCCUUAUAUCAUCUUUCCUGUAAAUGGAUCCUUCAUUGAAAGUCAUUUGGGCUCACGUUUGGUGAUCCCUUGUAUUGUGUCCAUUGGAAAUCAGGCCGCUCAGUCCACAGAUGUGACAUGGCUGGUUAAUGGUCAGCCAGCUGAAAACUCUUACCUGGGUGGACGUGCAUUUCAGACAGAAAAAAGUAUCACAGGAAACCAUCUUGAGGUGCAGCUGGUUAUCCUUGAGCUUCAGCCAGAGGACAAUGGGACAGAGUUGAAGUGUAUAUGUCAAAACCAAGAUCAGAAACAGGAAGUUGUCGCUCAAAUUAAACUAGAAGACUCGGAGUCGUUGUGGUUGGUGGUAGCUGCUACAUCCUCCUGUUUUAUACUAGUGGUGUGUAUUUUUGCAUAUCAUUUGUGCCAAAAGCCACAGAAAAGAGGGAACUAUAUUCCGGCCCUACAGGACAGCACCAUUUGAAGAUGGCUACCACCUCACAUCUUUAACAAUGCAAUUAUUUUUGUCAUGUUUUGUUUAUCUUGAUCUUCUCUAUUGA